AUGGGCGAGUCAGAGAGCAUUGCUGGCCCUACGAAGGACUCAAAUCUCACAUUCCGUGAAAUCACAGAGGACAACUGGCGUGCGGUAGCAAAUUUAAGCCUCAAAGACGGCCAGACUGGCAACCUCGCACCCAACGUGUGGUCUCUCUGCGAAGCGCACUAUGACGAAGAUGCUUGGGUGAGAGCCAUCUAUGCGGAUGACACACUCGUCGGAAUGCUCAUGAUGGCGAUUUGGGAUGCCGGUGGCGCAUACUACAUCUGGAGAUUCAUGAUCGACGGCCGGUAUCAGAACUUGGGCUACGGCCGACGAGGCGUGGAGUUUGCGAUAGCACAUAUACGACAACACCAUCCUAAAGCAAAGCAGUUGGGGGUGAAUUCAACGCCACCUGAGGGGAAGAAGAGCGAGAAUCCUAACAAGAAUGUAAAGCCUGAGGAUUCGCCUUAUAACUUUUAUUAUAAACUUGGAUUCAGGCAGGCCGCACCCCCAGAUGAGGACGGGGAGAUCCUGAUGAUGAUAGAUUUGUAG